AUGGCAGACUCGAACGCGAACCAAUUUCCUCGCUCCCAGCAGCCGAGUGCUAACGCGCGAGGCGGCUCGGAGGUUCACACGCAGGUCGCUGACGAACGUCGUCGCUCCGAGCAGCCGAGCGUUAACGCGCAAGGCAGCUCGGGUGCCCACCCUCAGGCUGCGAACCCUAGCCAACCCCAGAAUCAGCUCGCACGAGCGACUGGAGGAGACCGAGCCGCAGACCAGCAGCGUGGCUCGGGACUCCUACAUCUGGAUCCCAAUGAUGGCCUGUCCGGACGCGUUGCACUGAAUGAGCAGGACGAGGUCGAAAGCCGUUACCACCGCGGUCGCCUGGUCGACAUGACCGACCUCAACGCCCAACCGGCGAGAAACUUCGUCCGCCAGCAGAACAACGGGACAAUGCCCCGAACCCUGGUGCAACUAACACGCAUAAACCGGGGUUCUCGAAACCGGGGGAUAAUCAGUGACCGUUUGGACGGCCCGGACAACAUCCGCACCGGCGCGCAGCUUCCCGCUCCCAUCCAGGCUGCAGCUCUUCAACCUCUGCCUGCCGCCCCUGCUGCCCCUGCCACCCAGGAACAGAGGGCCAAGAGGAGGAAGAAGAACAGGUCCCAGCGAAAGCGCGCGCGUCUGCAGCGAGAGGAGCUUGAGCACGCGGCAGCACACUCGCAAGGCCCACGCCACCGCGAGGAGGAGGAGCACGAGGUGAAGGAUGAGUACCAGAAGGACACGAGGAUGAUGGAUCCACCUGAGAGAGGGGCUGGCGACCGUGGUACGCGUGGGAACGCCUCCUCCCAGCCGAACUUCGAAUUUCGAGCUCCUCCUGAGGGUCCCAGCCUUCAUACUUGCGCAAAUUGCAAGCGGGUGGAGCACGUCCUGUCGUCUUGCCCUGGCCCCGUAGACCAGGAUGGGCUGAUUCCUGGCUGUGUGAUUCACAAUUCUAUGGAUCACACGUGGGACGAAUGCCCUGUAGCUACCAGGCUUCCGCUUGGGCUCCAGGUAUUUAAUACUCUCGUGGCGAAUCGUUCGGGUCUCCCUGCUGUCCGGUGUGCGCAGUGGAAUUGGGUCGACCUGGCGAUGGCCGCCGAGAAGACAAAGUUGGAGGUAUACCCUCUAACUCGAGCUUUUAGUCUCGCUAUAACAGGCGAGACUUUAAGUGCCUAUCUUUCAGGGAAUGCGCAGCUGGGACCGGACCCGCUGACCUGCUCUUACGACGCUAUGCUCCUGAACUGGAGGCGCCUUCGUCAGACCGAGUACCUAUAUGAAGCUAUGCAGGUCGAACAGGAGGGAGAAGAGUUCUAG